AUGCUUAUAAUCGGUUUGACAGGAGGCAUUGCAUGUGGGAAGUCCACGGUUUCAGAGAGACUAGAAAAGAGCUAUAAAAUACCAAUUAUCGACGCUGAUAAGGUGGCAAGGGAAAUUGUUGAGCCAAAUUGCGAUGCCUACAACCGUAUUGUUCGUUAUUUUGGCGAUAAAGUUCCAGAUCUGGUCCUUAAUGAUAAGACUUUGAACAGAGCAGCUCUGGGGAAACAUGUGUUUGCAAACCAUGCCGAUCUCAAAGUACUUAACGGCAUUACGCACCCCGCAGUGCGCUUUGAAAUUUUCAAACAGAUUUUGUUUUGGUAUGUCAAGGGCAAGAAAAUGUGCGUCUUGGAUGUUCCUCUUCUCUUCGAAAGCGGUUUGAACAAGUUCUGUGGAGUUACGGUGACUGUAAUAUGCGACCAAAGCACUCAAAUUGAAAGAAUACGGUCUCGGAAUCCUGCAUUGUCGACCGAAGAAGCAGAAAACCGCAUCAAGGCGCAAAUGACCCACAAGGAAAGAACGCGGCGCUCAGAUUAUGUUUUGGAGAACAAUGGCACCCCGGAGGCGCUAUUUGGACAGGUCCAAUCUUUGGUCGCGAAAAUAAGACCCACAUGGACCAGAACCAUUUUGGAAUACUUCCCACCCUUUGCCAUGGUGAGCGCUCUUGCCGUUGUGAUGAUCAAGCGUCUUCGCUCAACUUAG